GCCUUUAAAAAUCUAAAAACUUGUACCUGGUGACCUGAUUCCAUUGGUAUUUUUUAUUUUUGGCUACACUCCCAUACCUGGGUCCAAGCCUCGUUGUUAUUUGGAAUGUUUGGAAACUUAUUUUUAUAACUUGAACUCUAUUCAGAAUGACGGGAACUCUCCAGGUGUUCCCAGGUUCCCGACCUUCGAUAGUCCAGUUUUACUGAUUGUAAUUCUGCGCAUGUAUUAUAUGGAAGAUAUAUAUAUAUAUACAUUGUACAAAUAUUUACAGCCGUAGUAGUGUGACCCAGAGAUCCUACUCUAAAGGCUUGACCCUCAGUCUUGGUGGAUUUACAGGGCCCUUACCACCAUGAUCUCCUAUGGUGUUCUAGUCUUGGCCCUGGCUCAUGCCAUUUUGGCCAAAGUGAGUCCAAAUUUCAGUGACUGUCUUGGCCAGUUCUAUGCUAGCCGCCCUCCUGUAGGAUUUGACAGUAGCCUCACCCCCAUCUGCCAGAUGUAUGAGACCUACAACAAUCCUUUUUUUGCAACACUUUAUCACAAGAGGAACAGAUAUGGUUUGUAUUCAGCCUAUAUCUUGGACACCCGUCCCGGUGAUAACGUUGGAGGCGAUCAGACCUUCCGACUGGAGCCUCAGUUGGUAGACACCAGACUCCCCAAACAAAUGUCGCUCCAGCCUGCAACAGAGACAGCAAUUCGCAACCUCGGCCUCUCAGGUACCCCUGCCGAAAUUAUCAAGCAAGCCCAGGCCAUCAACUCUGAUUAUACAGGAAGCAACUAUCAUAAGGGGCACCUCAACGCCAAUGCUGACCACCCUGAUGGACCAGGACAGAAAGCCACCUACACCCUCACCAAUGUGGCCCCCAUGUAUGGCACCUUGAACAGUGGGGCCUGGAGGAACAAUGAGAAGAGAGUGAGGGACAUUGCCGCCACUUGUGGAAGGAUGUACGUGAUCACCGGGGUUGUUCCUGGAAACAAUUGGAUAUCAGUAAACGGCGUGCAGAGAAUUAAUAUCCCCAGUCAUGUAUGGAGCGCCUUUUGCUGCCUAAACAACAACAACCAACCCAUCAGAGCUGAAGGAUCCUUGGCCCCGAAUAAUGCCAACACAAUCCAGACUGGUCUCAGCAUCGCAAGCCUUCAGAGUCAGCUGAAAUCCCUCAUGGGAACAACCGUCACCCUCUUCUACAAUAACUGUACUUAGAUUGGGCAAUGAAC